AUGCAGAGCCCAAACCCCAAUAUUUACGAAGGCGAUUAUUUAGAGCUCGACUACCGAACCCCAUCGCUCCCCGUGUUCGAUAGCCCAAGCCGAAGCCUUACUGGGCCUAGUCAAGCGCUGGGAGAGAUCACCGAAGAAGACUUAACUCUAGCUCCCAGCGCGUAUUGGGAUCGAUUCCUUAGCGCAGAACUCGCGAAGAUGGUUGCAUCCAAAGUGCCUAGCCCAGAGUAUAAGCCAGUUGAGACCACAAUCGUCGUAUCCGUCGACAAGCGUAGCGAACGAAACCUACGGAAGCAAUUCCCGGGGUUAAAUCAAGUAACACAGCUUGCAAAUACCGGCGGGCGGCAGAGCCGUCGCGGGGCCACGGGCAGGCAAUUUGCUGCCCGAGACCGGCUUCUCGCCGAGCAGGAAGAUACUUCUGGUAGUCGUCCGGUGUGGAACGAUGUUUACGAAGUCUUCCAUUAUACUGGUGUUCCGUGUGUCAAUGCAGGCUUUUAUUGUUGGCGCGAUCUAGUUAGUAAGAAGCACUUUAAGCUCGACUCGGGUCUUCUAAACAAGCUUGUCGACUACGCCGAAGAAGGCGGGUUGCUAAGAAACCAUGACCAUGUGCCUGAAACAAUCCGCGAGCGGAUCUUCAGACAGGACCAGGAAAACCUGGAAUACAAGCAGCUGAAACUGUUUCUUGUCCAGGAUCUCAUGGUGAGGCUCAGCAGAACCAUCCGAUUGGGGCCCAUGUCACCGCCGGAGGUAGUAGGGUAG